GUGUCGCGCUCCGAGAGUUUCCUUCGGGUCGCACCGGUGUGUGUCGCCAUGACGACACGACGCCGCCUCAAUGAACAGUUAGCCUGCCUAUACACCAACGUAUGUAAAGAAAACAUAUAGAGGUUAGUUCAAUCGAGUAAGCACACAGAUAAUAGUGGACACCGACAUACAAGAGGAUUUUUAAAAACACACAGAUAAGAUGGCGUCUAAGGGGGGAGACGAGGAUAUCAAAUCAGUGAGUAGUGAGACGAAGCAAGAAGAAGAGAACACCAAACAGGAACGGGAACAGCCUAAACAGACGACUGAACAAACGCCUAAACAGACGACUGAACAAACUAAUCCUGACCAGGGAGAACAGGAUGACGAAGAUGCAGGCAAAUUCAAUACUGAUCACCUUCUACAAGAAGUAAGCGAGAAACUACUGCUUCAUGGGUCGAAGGAAUGUUUAGAAGAAGCAAUUGAUUCUGGAAUUAUCAACAAAACAAACAUAAAUAAUGAAACAGUAGAUGAAUCUAAUUUAGAAACUGACCAUACAAGAAAAGAAGACGGAGAAGUAAUAAUAGAAAAACCAAAUAUAGUAGAAAACAAAGCAAACGAAAACUCGGCAAGUGUCAAUGGUGAAUCAGUUGAGCAACAAGAAAAACAGGACGUGGAAACAUUACCAGAAUCUACCGAACUGUCGACAAACGCUGGUGGUAACGUAGAAUCGGCCGUCAGGUUAGACACCGAAAUAAAUCCAGAAUCUGCCGAGCUGUCGACAAAAGUUGGUGGUAACGUAGAAUCCGACACAAAAACCAAAAGGGUUCAACACGCAGAAAGCGGUAAUUUUGAAUCUGUAAAAAAAGCAGAGCAGUCUGAAGGCAAAAAAACCCCAGAAAGUGUCGAACAGUUAGAGACCGUUGAUAAUGAACCUGUAGAAAAGUCUAAUCAGUCAAAAGUCGAUAAACUAGAAACAGUCAAACUGUCAACGAAUGACGACGUUGAAACUGUAGCGCAAAAGGAUCAAACAGAGAAUGAAACUAACGAGGAACCAUCGAACGUGGAUAGUCUAACGCAAGCAGAAACUGUAGGUAAAACGGGCCAUUUAAAAAAGACAGAAGGUGAAACCGCUAACGAAAGCGAAAACUUUCAAACAAAACCUGCUGAGAAGACUGAUUCUGUUUUACAUUCAAAUGAUGAUCUGGUAGAAAACAGAGCCUCUCAGAAAUCUGAGGGAAAAUCUGAUUCUCAUACUGGACAGAAUUUAGAAUCCUUGUCUGAUAACGAAAACGAAUUUGAUAUCCAUCAGUCACAAGACUGUAGAGAAGCUAUCUCUAAUAAGCCAGAACCCGAAAACAAGAUGGAUGACAAUAAUCUAUCUCAGGAAAACGUCAAUAGCGUAAACAACAAUGACGCUGAAAACGCGUCGAAAGAAAAUGGAAUGUCGUAUGCAAACCCGGUAAGUUCCGAUCAACGCAAACCUGAUGAUAGUUAUGAAACACCACAAGAAGUAAAGUCUGACCGUACUAAUGAUGAAGAUGUGUUAUCCGAAAGAAAGACAGUCCAAAUCGACCAAUCAGAAGGAGAUGAACAACAACAAAGAGACAUCAAGAACGCGUCGGAGCCCGAACGAGAGUUAACUUCAGAUCAGGAUGAGGCCGAUCCUGCAAAUGCAGAUUAUGAGACUAAAGAUUCAUCAAAAGUAGACGACGACGACCAAACGCGAAAUGAUUUUACUGAUACGGAUAAUGCCUAUGAAACGGAAAUUCGAUCUGAAAGUAAAGACGAAAGAAGGUAUUCAGAAGAUGAAGAUAAAGAAGGCGAAGAGCAUAAGGAGAUCCCAGAUGAAACAUAUGAAGGUAUCCAUGACGACUAUGAACAAAAGUCACGUAGAUCGUAUAGUUCCAUGUCUUCCCGUUCCACCGAUGACGCAAAAAGUGCGAAAGAUGAAAAAGGCAAACCUUUCAAACAGGAUCAAUCCCAACAGUCUAAGAAAAGUGUAAGAAUGGAUGAAAAUGUACAAUCAAACCAACCUAGAACUGCCUCAACAAAACCAAAAGGUAACACUCCUUCCUCUCCGUCGCCAGCACAAAAGCAUGCAACCCGAAAUUCCUCUCGUAGCGCACAACCCUUUAGCCGACCUGUACAUAAACCAGAGGCUACUACAAAGGCCGUCUCCUAUACCUCUUUGAGACGCCCCAAGACUUCUAACUACGGAAGCAUGAUAAGUAGAGAAAGCAACAAAAAGAAGGACUAUUUCCAAGAGGAGCUACGGCGUUUACGAGUUCGACUUGGGAAAGAUGCAGAAAAUAUCAAGAAACCACAGUUUAAAGAACAUGUGCCGUUUGUAUGGACAAGUCUGGAACCUUAUUACAAUACCUAUGUACCAAACUACCUGAUAAACCUGCCUGAUGAAGAACUCCAGCCACAACGGCCUGUCAGUCGUGGCCGACCCUCACAGGGGGAUGACUUCCACCAGGGGUACACGACGAGGAGCACAGCUAUCGGCCUCUGUGAUCCCUGGAUCGAUCUCCGGAUGGACCAGAGUAUACUUCCUAAACUAGAACAACCAAAACAAGGCAAAGACAAACCUAAAGCGCAGAAGAAAAAGAAGGAUGCUUCCCAGAAGGCGGGAAGCACAAGACUUCCUAAAUUUCCAGUUGUCGAUUUCAAUGCUAAAAAGGAAAAUGCCACGAGAAAGUUUCCAUACAACGAGGUGGCCAAGUUUAGGACUGAAUUGAAGGGCAGGUUUAGCUCUAAUGCCCAGAAGAAGGUUGAUAUGGACUACCAACGUACAAAGGAUGAUUUCUACCGGAUGGACCUUCAUAGACUAGACGAAGUACAUCCGCUCAACCGUCCGCACAUGCGCAAGACAUAUUUUGCUUAUCUUCAAAACACUCCCGGGUCACGAAAAGCUGUUAAGGAUUGUGUCAAAACGUUGGAUACUGACGAAUCAGGUCCACGACAGGAUACACCUUUGGAGGAAAAACAACACCAACAGGCUGUGGCCAGCAACUGAGAUACGUGGAAUAUUGUGUAUAAUGAGCACGAGCACAAUAGUCGUGGUGACGUGACUGUGAACAUAUGUGACGUCACGACGGUAAUAUGUGACGUCAUGACAGUACAUUUUUAUUGGCAUCUCAGUCAUUGUCAAACUACCUAGAUCUAAUAUAGAUCUAUACAAUAUGACAUUGUACAACCUUUCCAAGCAUAAAUGUGAUAAAGAGAAUGACAUAAUAGUUUUUCAGUAUACAAUUUAUACAAAGAUGUUAUAAUUCAAACAGUAUUCAUUCUUGUUCUUUCUUUUUUCAUACGAAAACUCGUGUAUUCUGAAAUGCCAAAUGUCGUAUAUUUUAUGUGCAAAAUUAAAAAAAUAUUGUGUAAAGUAAGGGGACACAACUCUUGAUUUGAAUUUUUGAAAUUAUAUUUACCGUGGUGAGAGUCGAUAUUCGCAUUUUAUAGUAAUAUCAGCGAUCGUUAAAUAACCAUUUUUACCAAAAAAAAAAAAAAAAUAAAGAAGAUCCACGGCUCACUGCACUCUGGGAUUUUUUUAUAUAUGGUUAGCCUCCCCUUUAGUUCGUUUUUGACAUAAUCUAGCACAUUUUGGUCAGAACACUUCCGGUGACUAAGUAGCUUAAUCGGUCAGAGGGACAGUGUAAUGAUCCUUGGUCAGGGGUUCGAAUCCUGCUCUGGUCCCACUGAAUUUUUAAACUCAGAACACUGAUGUUGAUUAUAUUCUGUCUUUUUCCAUUCUUUGGUGGGUUUUUUGUUCAAGUCCCGCAAAGCUGUAGUCAUACCGGAAACAGUUUCCAAUGUGUAGUCACAGUUUUUGUCAGUGGUACAAGCAUCCUUAACAAAAAUAUUUCUUUCAAACGUCACUUUAUAUGUGCAAUUGUAGGCUCCUUUAGAUACAUGUAUGUAGAGGUCGACAAUCAUCUUCAUUAUAUGUAAAUCACAAGUGUGAUUGGAGAACACUUAGAAGUAGAAAGAAAAUCACGGGCAGAAUAAUAUAUAUAUAUUACAUGUUAAUUAUUAUAUUUGAGAUACAGUUGAACCUCGUUAUACUGCCACCAUUUGUCCAGAGGAAGUUUACCGUUAUAAAGGGAUUUGGCGAUAAAUUGAGGUAAAUGGAUAAAUGAAUUAUAAAAUAAAGAAAAAGUGCCUUUGAAACAUGUUGGCGGUGAAUGAGGUGUCAAAUGAAACAAGGGGCAUCAUUUCGAGGUUUUACUGUAUUCAUAUUUUAUACCUUUUUAAUACAUUAUGUACUGUAAGCAUACUAAUUUUAGCGGUAUUUUGAUUUUAAUGGCUUUUAACCUACGUCCUAUGCACUAAUUAAUGACAACAUCUAAACUUAAACCAUUUAAUACAUCCCUACGAUAGGAUUCAAUUUUUUUACGGUACAUUGACAGCAACUCACUUGCAAAGAUAUAUGAAAGAAAAGUUUCAUUAUGUUCUAAGGUUCUCGUCGACCUUACCUGGCUUGCUGUUCAUUUGGCUUUGUUCUCAUAUGCCCACUGUACAAGGAAAAGGCAUUUGAGCUUAUUAAUUAAUUUGGGAACUGUUAUUCCAUAGUUAAGACUGCGAAAAUAAGUUUCACCCUCCGCGUUUCGCCAAAAUUUGAGUUCGCUAAUAUAAGUUUUCUUACAGUAUAUAUUGCUAAGAUAUGCUCGCUUAUUUUCUGUGAUAUUUCCCAAGGUUAUUUAUACGUUGUGCUUUGCUUAAAAUCUGUCUGCCUAUUACACCGUAUAGUGUUUUUUCACAAAGAUUAUACUAAAUGUAUACUAAAGUAUAUAACUAUUGUAUAUGGUACCAAGUCAUGCAUUACUGCGACGCCCACAUGAAAAUGUGCCUUUUUCUAAAUGUAGAUUAUUUGCCAUUCUGUUUUAAUUGUUCAAAAGUCUUGGACGCAUAGAAAUAUGUCAGUUCAUACAUGUGCUUAAAACAUGCCAUUUGUUUUUAAUUUAUUUUUUAUUUAAGUGAUCUUUAAAUAAAUCUGUGCUAAGUUUAAUGUAAGGCCAUUCAUCUUGUGGUACUACUUUCUCUACAUUGUUUUCAAAUAUUUGUGUGUUUGCCCAAAUUUCCAUACAUGAUAUAUUUUUGUUAGUUAAUUGAUAACUGCCCAGGUGUAUGUGGUAACAAGUUUGUUUACAUAUGCGUGGAUUAUAAUAUCCUCAUGAAUAGAGUUUAUACUGUUGUAAAAUGAUAGAUAAAUAAACCGCCCUAUUCCUUAUAUUUCA